AAACUACCCGUUUCAACUCUUACAGCUCUCGCUCCCAUCCAACCAUCUCUCCUAUCUUCGUCGCAGAGCUUUUCGGCCCAUCACGCGGCCCAGAAACGCUACUGUUUCAUGCUCAAUUACACCAAAUCAAGUUCAAGCCCCGAUAGCCGUUCCAGCUGAGGAACCCCAGAGGAAAAAUGAUUGUUAUGGUGUUUUCUGUCAAACAUAUGAUCUCAAGGCUGAAGAGGAGACAAAAUCCUGGAAGAAGUUUAUUAAUAUUGCAGUCUCAGGUGCUGCUGGAAUGAUAUCCAAUCAUUUACUUUUCAAACUUGCUUCUGGAGAGGUAUUUGGGCCAGAUCAACCGAUUGCAUUAAAACUGCUUGGAUCUGAAAGGUCAUUUCAAGCUCUUGAAGGAGUGGCAAUGGAACUUGAGGAUUCCUUGUAUCCUCUAUUGAGGGAGGUGAGUAUUGGAAUAGAUCCAUAUGAGGUGUUCCAAGAUGCAGAAUGGGCUCUUCUGAUUGGAGCAAAGCCUCGUGGACCGGGAAUGGAACGAGCUGGCUUAUUAGACAUCAAUGGCAAGAUAUUUGCAGAACAGGGAAAAGCUCUCAAUGCCGUAGCAUCCCAAAAUGUCAAGGUUAUAGUUGUGGGCAAUCCCUGUAAUACCAAUGCAUUAAUUUGUUUGAAAAAUGCUCCCAACAUACCUGCAAAGAACUUUCACGCUUUGACUAGAUUAGAUGAAAAUAGAGCAAAAUGCCAGCUUGCCCUUAAAGCAGGUGUGUUCUAUGACAAAGUGUCGAAUAUGACCAUCUGGGGAAACCACUCGAUCACUCAGGUUCCAGACUUUCUAAAUGCUAGGAUCAAUGGCUUACCUGUGAAAGAGGUUAUCAAGGAUCACAAAUGGUUGGAAGAAGACUUCACUGAAAUUAUCCAGAAGAGAGGUGGUGUACUGAUUAAGAAAUGGGGAAGAUCUUCAGCUGCAUCCACUGCUGUGUCAAUCGCUGAUGCCAUUAAGUCUCUAGUAACCCCCACCCCUGAGGGUGAUUGGUUUUCAUCUGGAGUUUAUACGAACGGAAAUCCUUAUGGUAUAGCAGAGGAUAUUGUCUUCAGCAUGCCAUGCAGAUCAAAAGGAGAUGGUGAUUAUGAACUUGUCAAGGAUGUAAUAUUUGACGACUACCUUCUCAAGCGGAUUACUAAGACCGAAGCUGAGCUGCUGGCCGAGAAACGAUGUGUGGCUCACCUUAUUGGAGAGGGUGUUGCUUUCUGUGAUCUGCCUGAGGAUACAAUGCUUCCAGGAGAAAUGUAAAUUUAGUUAGGGAUCUUUAGGAAUUAAUCCAACAGCUAUGCAACUGAGUUGCUGGGUCAGAAAGCAGAAAAUGGAAUCGAAAAUACAUUGAUUAUUUAUUUAUAUUUUAUGAGUGUUAAAAUAACUUGUCAGAUAGUGAUAAGAUUAAGCCAUUAAGGUGUCAAAGUUGGACUGCUCAAUAAAAGAUUGAAAUGGUCUCUA